UUUAGUUUCGAUUGUACCGUGCAUAUACCAUAUACCAUGAGAACUGGGUGGAACUUUACGGGCCUGCUCGCCCUGGUCAGCCUUCUGGCUCUACAGGAGCCCACGGAAGCGAUGAGGAUGCGCGGGGAGUCGCUUCCGGGCGUGGCCAAUGUGAAUAGGCAUCGCUCCAGCGAAGAGGUGGCUGGUCCACAAGGUCGGGUGGCGGGAGGAUCCACCGCCACCGAGGGAAGUUGGCCCUGGAUUGUGAGCAUCCAGAAUGUCUACUCGUAUCAUGUCUGCGGCGGCGUUAUCAUUGAUAAACGAUAUGUGGUCACUGCUGCCAGUUGCGUGGCGGGAUUGAGAGCCCGUAACCUGCUGGUGGUCACCGGAACCUCGGAUUGGUGGGACCUGUAUGCCCUGUACUACACUGUCUCCCAGAUCCAUGUGCACUGCAACUUUGACAAGCCGCUGUAUCACAACGAUAUAGCCCUGCUGUAUCUAUCGGAAGACAUCGUGUUCGAUGAUGUGACCAAGAAUAUAACUUUGGCGGAUAUCGAUGAGUUGCAGGUGGGCGACAAGCUGACCUUUGCGGGGUGGGGCAGUACGGAGGCCCAGGGCACCUUUGGUCGCUAUCUGCAGGAGUCCUCCGGCACCUAUCUUCCGCUGGACGAGUGCCGCAAUAUUUUGGAGAACGACGACGAUGUGGAUCUGGGCCAUGUCUGCGUCCAAAUGGAAGCGGGCAAGGGCGCCUGUCACGGCGACACCGGCGGUCCGCUCAUCGACGAGCAACAGCGCCUGGUGGGCAUCGGCAAUUGGGGCGUGCCCUGUGGACGUGGCUAUCCGGAUAUGUAUGCCCGGGCCGCCUUCUACAACGAUUGGAUUCGCACCACCAUGAACGGGUGUAAGAUCGCCUAGUCAUUGGCCACCUCCUAUCUGUGCACUGAGGAAAAUUUGAUUUAUUCGAUUGACAAUGUAUUUCUUUAUAUGAUUAAAUAUGAUUUACUCAAUUGGCAA